AUGGCUCCCGAUAUGCAAAUGCGCUGGCAAGACCAGAAAGUAGUGAAGAAAGAUGGACUCUGGAUGGUCGAAGGGAGACCAUUUCCUAGACUUGAACCAGUCUUCCAAGAGUCUCCAGCAAAUGCCCCAAAUCAUUAUAUCCUGGCAACAAAGGUUGUUUCACCCGUCAACUCUGCCACACCACCUCAUACCCAUGGCGGAGCAGCAGUCACCGCCAUCAUGACCAAAGGGAAAAUGCUCAACCAAAUGGUCUGCCCAUGCCAUGAGCCAGAUUCUCAGGGCACUGGUCCAAAGAUCUAUUCUGUUGGUGAUUCCUGGUAUGAGCCACCUGGAUGUCAUCACGUCCGGUCCGAAACUGUUGGCGAUGAGGAUGCAGAAUUCACUGCCAUCUUCAUGGUGGAAAAAGAGACAAUUGACAAGCAAGGCCUGAUGGGAUUGGUCGUCAUUGAUGCUGCGGUUGAGGAAGCAAAAAAGGCAUCCGGUGCAUAG